AUGCAGCACCAACGAGCAUCUUGGGAUGCUGUCGAAUUGCCCGUCUGGCCUCUAUGCAAGAAUGCCAUAACGUGGUCUUCCGAAGGGGUUGCCAUUGCAGCAGGUGAGGGGGUCCACAUUUUGACGCCUCGUCAUGACUCCGAAACACGAGACUUGUCCGGUCAUCGGCAAUGGCAUACCUUCACUCUUCGUACCAAUCAAUUCGACCUGUCAGAAUGGCCCAAGCAGCCUUUGGCUACUAUCAAACUCUUCUCAGUAGGCGAAGAACUGUCAGACUCACACGUGGCUGCAUUAGCCUGGUCGCCUCCGGGAUUAGGCCUUUAUAGAAGAAGCGUGUUGACUAUCUUGACAUCCAACUUGCUACUGUCAAUUUGGGAAACCAAUGGGAAGCUGGGUGAAUGGAACAGAACCUGUAUCGUGAACCAUUUUCUCCAGGGCCAUCCACCACCAGAUGAGCCCAGUCAUGCAAGACUUGAACAGCGAAUCCGCAGCUUCACAUGGCUGCCCGCAAGUGAAGAAUUUGGUACCGGCCAGUGGAGUCCACAUUUGCUCAUGACUGCUGACGACACCUAUACAAUAUCCAUCCAUCAGGUAUGCAAGACAACCGACUCGGUUCCUCGUGGCUGGUCAUUCGAGCUUCUCGCUCGAUAUCAGAUGCCCAUCGAGAGUGUAACACCCGAAGACAUCCGUUCAAUGUCAAGCUUACGCACAGCUCUUCUUACAACAUCGCGAACUACAAGACUGGAGUCAACGGAAUGGACUCUUGAUGACAGAGACGACGAGAAAAGCUCAAUAUCUGCUUCCUUGAAGAUUAGAGUGAGCUUCGGUGCGUUGACUCGGAAGCGCUACCUUUCAGUUCGUCUCCAGAGUCAUGCUCAAAUGUCAGCAGCUAUCACCGAACAUGACCAUGGUAUAACGGUCACCAUUGACGAAUCACAAACUUGUGAGCCUCUAUUUGUCAACCAGUCACCCACUACCGAGCUCUUCGAGUCAAGUAUUCGUGGUCCACAGUCGGAUUUCAAUGAAGAAUACAACCUCAACGGAAGAGUUCUAGUUCGGCAUUGGGGCGCGGUAUACCAUCCUGAUCGAACCAGGGCGGCGGCCUGUAUCUCCCUACAUCCGUCCGAUAUGAUCGAGUCUUGUUUGCCAUCUAGACAGCGCACAACGGUUGUUUUCAAGAUUCUGACGGCAUCUGCUGCAGAGCGAGUACGAAGUGACAUAGAGGUCUUUGAAGAUAUUCUGAAUUUCCUCAGUGGGGUUUCAAUGGACUUGCUUCGGAUAGAUCUUGAUAGAAAGAUCCUGGCAAACGCUAUUUCUUUGGUCAAGCUGCACUUUAUGGCAUCUGCACAUUUGAGUCAAUGGGCAGCCUCGGCACACAUGCAAUUGAAUUCGAUGGAAACACGAGAGGACGCAGAGUAUGGCGAGCAAUCCUUGAUACCCGGAUCGAACAUCGGGAUGGUCUCCGCAGAUGUGACCGCUCCCAUUUCACGAGACGUCCCUGCGGAAGAUUUCAACUUGGCAGGUACCAAUGGUCAGGGGCUUCGUGAGAUUUGUGAAGUAUGCUCAGCACCAAUCACCUUCACUUCGGCAGCCUCGGCUACUUGUACAAACAACCACUAUUUCACUCGGUGCAGUCUUUCUUUUGUGGCUAUCCAAGAGCCAGGCAUUUCCAUGUAUUGCGCCAAAUGUGGAAAGCAAUUCCUGGACCCUAGUCGGAUUGAGGAGAACAGUGGUCCGAGCUUGAGUCAAGCACUAUUCAACAGGUUCGAUAUUUGUCCUUUCUGCCAAGGCAAGUUUCGGGGGUAG